CAGGAAACUAUCGCCGUCGAAUGGAAAGUAUCAGAGCACACAGAAACAGAUGGACCGACGGAUGCUUUCGGCGAACUUGAAUUUACAGGAGCUGGACAAGCAAGUAGAGCUAAGGUAAGCCUAGACUUAAUUCCAUGUCUAUCACGCUAACACAAGGCAAAUAUAAUUAUGAAGGCUGUUUUUAUUUCUACACUGAUCAUUGACUGAUUCUGGACUUAAAUUUAUACCCUACCGUAGUAAAAUGGAGGAUAAGUUGUACACUUGAAGGUUUGGGCUCGACAGAGAUAAUGGGGCUUAAGCAACAACGUUUUUUGAGUGACGGACGUCAACCGGAAGUGGACUUUUUGCAUCAUUGUGUUGUGGUUUGGUUGAAACUCUCGGGUAAAUCGUCUUUAUAAGAGAAAAGAAACUUAGCAAUACAAAUUUGUUAGAGUCAAGGAAUAUAAAAGAGAAGGCCUCACUUCCGGUUGACGUGCGUUGCACAAAGACGGCUUUAUGCACUGAGACAACUCAAGAAGUUCAAAGUUCCGUCGGCUGAUAUUGUUCAUAUCUACUGCGCUCUAAUUCGCUCUAUACUAGAGUGCGCCUCCGCUGUCUUUGCUGACUUGCCUAAGAAUCUUGCUUGCUAUCUUGAGAACAUGCAAAAAAGGGCCCUUUACAUCAUUUGGCCUGGUAUUUCGUAUGAAACAGCACUUGACAAAGCUGCAUUAUCCACUCUUUCUGACCGUCGGGCAGUCUCAUGUAUUAAAUUCAUAGGUAAGGUUCGGCCAGGUAACCCGUUAUACCCACUACUACACAGCAGAGUGGUACCUAUAUCUACCAGUGUGUGUCUAAGAUCAGGGAGUUCUAGCAGGCCCAUUACCACAAGAACUGAACGUUUCUCAAAUUUUGUUAGUGUUAAAUAUUAAUCUUAUCAAUAAAAGCGUAUUAGUACAUAUAUCACAGAUUGUAAGGUAUCCUACAAUUUAAUAUACCGACUGCAAAAGGGACAAUAAAGCAGUGAUUUUUGAUUUGACUGAUUUGAUUUGAUUUCAAAGAUGUCUUUGCUGAAGCUCCCUAAUAUUUAGAUUUAGCCAGGGCUAAAAGCGAAGCUUAAAUCAAACAAUAAACUUGUAAUCCACAAAUAAGUUAACUUAAGGGCACAUUCAUGUGACUUUUGAGGGAAAGGCUAACUGAUUUUAAAUUGAAAAAUCUUACAUCGAGUUGAUAGCCUUAUAUGUACACCCAAAAUAUAGCAAACAUCUUCCAUCACAUUCAAGAGCCAUAAUGGAACUUGAUCACAGUAGAUUAGGCUUCGAAAACAAAUUCUAGGAAAACAAAUCAGGCCGAAUUUUCUUGCGUUCGCCAGGUUUACUUUACAAAUUCUUGCCAACAAAUCUGGUGUUGUGUAAACCAACCUUUAAUACUUUUUAUACAUCACAUCUGAGGUGAAACAGUACUAUUUAUCAUACAGACCUCGGACAGAAUGCGGUAUUUCCCAUUUUUUCAAGACUAAUUGCACUCAGUCAAUAUUCAGGACGACCAAUCGCGGGCUUUUAGCGAAACCAUUCAAAAAAUUUCCAAAAUCACCCAUACGGCCAGCCGGUUCUCAUUUCUAGUGCGGGAUGUCAGUUUGGUCGGGUGUUUGAAUGAUCCUGCAAGCGAUGUUCAUGAACGAUGAGAACAAACGGCACGGACAAGCGAUUAAAAUUGCAAGAGAAACUACUAACAAUCAAUAAAAGAAAUAUAAUUCGGUGAAACAUUUACAGAGACAACAAUUUUCAUUCACGAAGACAAGUAUUAAAGUGUCUCUAAAAAAUCUUUAAGCUUAAAGCUUAAGCUUAAGUUAAUUAAGCUUAAUAUUCAUUCAAAAUAUUUCCCCAAUUCUGAUUGGCUAAAAGCACACGCAUAAUUCACCAUAACCAGUUACUGAUGACCAAAUUUGGAAGAAUUUUGUGUUUAACGAGGAAAUGACGUCAAAAGUGCAGCCCGUUACAGAAUAAGGCACCGUUACCGAGAGGAACUGGGGACGAGGUUGAGUUGUUUUGGUUGUAAAAAAAAAUAGCGGACAUUUCACUCUUUUCAAGAGUAAGAAGUACAGCUGGAACUAGGCGAAAUAAUAGCUAAAAGCAUGGCAAAAAUAGCAAGAAGACAACUCGGAGGGUAACAUCUGCUAUUUGGAGAAUACUUGCGGAGCUGGACAAACCUAAACGUACACUAUCAAAGAUGAAUUUAACAUCGAUGCAGGUAAGCAUGUUUCAGCUAUGUUUUUAAGCAAAGCAAUUAAUGAAUUCGGCUUUCGUAAGAUAUGAAGAAUUGAGCAGAUCUCGGAGGGUGUUAUCCACCUCGGCCGAUAACACCCUCCUCGAUCUGCUUAAUUCUUCAUAUCCUACUCAGCCUCAUUCAUUAACUGCUAAUUAUGUUUUUACUUUAAGCUGGCCUCUCGGUUUUGGCUUUUUUCAAAUUAAAGAUGAACUCCUCGAAGCAAGAAAAUCGCUCAAAGUUUCCUUUCUACUGCCAAAUUUAUAACUAAAUAUUCUUCGGAACGUUUUCUUUCUAUUUGCGGUGAGAAAUAUAUCUGAAGGCCUUUUAAAGUUCUGUAAGCUUAUAUCAAACUUGAUACUAGGUCAGAUCAUUGACUCAAAUCUUACAAACGUGCAUAAGCUUGCCGCAUAAACUGUGCUCCAAUUAGAUAUCAAACAAACACCAAAUACAAUAAUUACUCAGGCUUACCAUUCGAGAUUUAGUUCCUGAAAGCUAUCAAGGAAGGCCACAGUUGCUUGAGACUUUUAAACCCUCUUACGCAUUAAGCGAGGUGAAAAAGCGAAAACGAUGCAAUCCGGAAUCGGAUUACCGAAUUUUGAGAAGCGACGCAUUUCUCAACCAAAACCUAAUUAACAAACCAGCCAUGAAUAACAGAAGACUCUUGAUAGCAGCUGUAUUUCAUUUUGUACAUCCAGUGAAAAAAGACAGUUAAAACAUCACUGAAGUUGACACAAAACUCUGUCAGCUUCAGCUGUCAAAGUAAACAAUUUUCAAGAUGCUGAGUAAAUUUUCCGAAUGAACUCACCUGUCAAUAUUGACCAAUCAGAGCAUAAAAAUUGGACGUAGAGCGUGACCAACGCGUGGCCAUGGUAAGAAAAGGUCUUCCCCGCCUGAAAUUUUUAAAAAAACUGGCUGAAUUUUCGCGUCCGAGGUCAGUUUGAAAUCAAAAUCUUAAUAGUGCAGGGCCUUAGUGACAUAAAGACAACGUAUUUCAUAUGAAUCAUUGGAUUAAAUAAACUUGAGCCUGCGAUCAUUUGAAACUGGUAAUUUGUCAGCGGAUAACUUCAAAAAAUACUCAACCUCGAUGGGACGACAAUUGAGCCCGCGGUACGGUCAGGUGAUACUGAUCAGCGGAUACCCUGUUUGACAGCUGUCAAUUGAUCAUAACACUGAUGUGCAAUUAGUUUUCUCUUGGGCUCCCAAACUAGCGAGAGUAAACAUUGGUUUCCCUGUGGUGAUGACGGACGGUCGCUCGCUCGGUCGAUGUACUGUCACGUGAUUACCAAAUUUUCUGGGAUGGGUAGAUUUACUUAGCUAUGGGGCUCCGCCUACGAAGCGCGGCGCGUGGAGCUCCGCUAUUAAAGAGUGGAACCCCGCUCUAUGGACACCGCCCUUAAAACAAACACCCACAUAUAAGAGUUUCUUUUUAUGACUUUCAUGGGUUAAUACAGUGUUUAACCCUUGUACUGAAGCCCUUUAAUAGAGUUUCGGCCUCACUAAACAAGUUUCACUUCCUUGGCUUUUUUGCUGAAGUCACUCUUUGUCUGCUUUAGUAUUUACGUCAAUACAAGAUUUGUCCGCGACGUUUUACUGUUGAGCCCGAUAAAUAUGGACGACGCCAUGGUAUGUCCCCUUGGCGGUCUGUAUUAACCAGGUUCCCGGGUGACUGUUUUUAAGGACGAUCCGAUAUUUUUUAGAGACUGCAAAUGUAACUCUGUAAAGGUUCAACAAACUCGCUUCAGAUUGAUGAAAUCUUAUGUUUGCUAGUUCUUAUCAUGGUUUUUUUUUUUUUCGGUAGUUCAUUCGUAUUUCUGAUGACACUGAUCCUGAGAAUGUUCUGCGCCUUUUACAAGAGGAAUGGAAGUUAGAAUUACCCAAACUUGUCAUCUCUGUUGCCGGUGGAGGAAAAAACUUUUUCAUGCAUCCAAAAUUAAAGGAUUUGUUUCGACAGGGAUUGUUGAAGGUGCUUAAUUGUGUAAAGUCAAUCAUUGACACACAAAAUCAUUAACAGAAAUGUCAUCAUAAAAUAGUCUUUAGAUUCAGACUGCAAUUCAUUUCUGAACCUAAGGCAAUGCUUGCACUACAGCUAGGGUUCUAUCUAGGGUAUUUGAGGGGUAGAAGCUUCCCCCCCCCCCCAAAAAAAAAAAAAUGCCCAGCUUCCCCCAAAAAAAUAUUGUCAUCAUUACAGUAUAUAAGUAAUUAUAUCCGAAAAAUCAUCCAGACGCGACAAGGUCGGUGCACACACUGUAACAUUUCUCAAAAUUGUGUCUCAAAAUGCACCUGCAUCUCAGCGCAUAUUCAUUUCAAAACAUUUCCGGGGGGCAUGCACCUGGACCCCCCUAGGAAGCUCGUUGCCUUCAGCCACUCCGGACGUCUCCCCCAAAGGAUAAAUCCUAGAUAGAACCCUGAUAGCGGAUUGAUAGCGGACAGCUUUUCCUGGCACAACGAAAAGCUAUCCGCUAUAGGGUGAACACAGCCUUAACGAUAUCAGUCCAAAGAGUGCCUGAAGUAAAAACAGAGAAAAAAGAAGAGAUUUCUUUUCGAAACUACCACAAAUUGACCUCUGAAAUAUUAGAAAAAGAAACAAAUGGAAAAGGAUCACUCAAGAGGAUUUCUUUUGAACGAGCCAUAAUGAGCCAUAGGAUUUCAUCUUAAGACUCAAAAGUUAUAACUUAACGUGCUAAACAAAUAGUACCAGACUCCAAAAUUAUAACUACAAAUACAUACUAGAUAAACAAUACUAUGUGUAAGUACUACUAAAAAAGUAUCAUUUGAAUGGUCACUGCACAGGAUCUGGUCCACAGACUCAAAAGUUAGAGCUACAUACUAAGUGAAUAGCACCAAUGCAAGUGAGAGUACUACUAAAGAAGUUGCAUUUGAAUGGUCACCCCAUUCGAUUUCAUUUACAUAGUCAAAAGUUAGAACUUCAUACUAAAUAAUUAGUACCAUGUGAAAGUACUGCUGAAGAGGUUUCAUUUGAAUGGUAACACCAUAGGAUUCCAUCCACAGACUCAAAAGUUAGAGCUUCAUACUAAAUAAAUAGUACCAUGUGAAAGUACUGCUGAAGAGGUUUCAUUUGAAUGGUAAUACCAUAAGAUUUUAUCCACAGACUCAAAACUUAGAACUACAGUCUAAGUUAAUACAAACUUGAUUUUAUAAAAUUGAACUGCUAAACUGCGGGGUGAAGAAAUGAAUGCAGAGAUUUUUACAGUAAAUUCGCAACUUAUGUAUGCGAAAAGAAAGCGUAAUUAAGUUCAGGCUUGACCUGAGGUAGUCUUCUUUUCAUAUAUUUCUUCACCGGACAGUUGAAGUAUGGGAAACUUGAUAUUUCUAUCAUAUAACCGUCUCCCAGUUGGUUGUAUAGCUUAAUUGGUUAGAGUGCUGUACCGGUAACGCAUCCCGGGUUCCAAUCCCGGAAAGCCUGAACUUUUUAACCGUUUCUUCUCGCAGCUACAUAAGUUGCGUAUUUUACUGUGAUGAUCUUCUCUGAAUUAAUUUAAUAUACUCAAACCUCCCCUAGCCUGUUCCAGGCUCUCCGUUAGUGGGGAUGACGCGUAAGUAAAAGGCAAGCGAAAUUGUGAGCGCGUGAUCUGGGAAAAAGGGGCGGUGGCGGCAAAAAGGAAUGGAGAGAGAGGAAGGGAGACGACCUUCUUCUCCCAACUUUCCUCCCGUUUUAUUUUCGUGUUCGCGCUUUCUCAACUUCUUGGACCCGACUACCUCGGAGCCUGGAACAGGAUAAACCUCCCCGAGCAACCAUUCAAAAUUAGAAGAUUUCUUGAUCUCUUAUGAAAAAGGCAGAUUUACUCUGGGUGGCGUAGUACAUACAGUGGACAAAAAAACGCCGCAACAUUCACCAAGUGGUCGCUUACAAGAGGUGAAAAACAAUGGAAAACUAUAAGACCGUCAGGCCAAAAAGUGGUCGAGGUGGCUUAUAGGAGGUGAUCGUUUACGAGAGUUCUAACUAUAGAGCUUUCACGCGGAGAAAACUUCGGUAUUUGAAUAGAUGCAUAUGGUCGCUAAUAGGAGGUGGGCACUUACGUCGCGAGAGGUGGUCGCAUAUGGAGGUUCGGCUGUAGCACAAAGAGGUUCUAGAUGAAACUGAAAAACAUCAUUAUUAAAAUCAUGUGAACAUCCCAAGCCUUAAGUGUAUGGAGCCUUAGUGCCUUUGUCCUCAGCCUAAUAAGAUUUUAGUCUUUAAAACGAUGCUGUAAAAAUUGAGCAAGUUCAAGAUCAUUUAGGGAAUACUCUCACAAUUUUUUAUGUGCAGAGCCAGGAUAGAUUAUGGCGCUUUUCGAAACUUAUCGAAAGCAGCCCAGUAUACACGUGAUUCACUCCAUGACUACACAGGGUCCCUUUCCUUAGCACCUGAAAGGAUCAGUCUGCCUUUAUCGUCACAAGACACCAUAAAAGGGUACCCAUUCAUGGUCUCUUGUUUAACAGUAGAAAGAACGAAUUGAAGGUUUUGAAAAAGUUCGUGACUUCGAAUACAUGUAUCCAAAGUAAAGUAAAAUAAGCGUAGAAAGGCUGCAUCCAUAAUAACUUCUUAAACUUAACUAUUAACCUCUCUUCAAAAUUUUUUGCACAGGCAGCCAAGACCACUGGUGCAUGGAUUAUAACAGGGGGAACAAACACUGGCGUAAUGCGUCACGUAGGAGAAGCAGUAAAGGGUCAUACUGUAAUGUCACGAGGGGCAAUGCUCACAGAUAAAACGUCUCAGGUGCACUUGAUCGGAAUCGUUCCAUGGGGCAUUGUGGAGCACAGGUCUGAGUUGAUUGGAGAGGUAAGAAGCAUUUUAAAAGGCACUUAGUAGCGCACACGAGGAAGAUAUUAUGUUCGCCUGUCUCUUGAGCGUGGAACAACAACAACAAGUCUUUAAAAAGGAAACAGACUUUACAAUAGUGAGAUUCUGAAAGGCCAUGUGAAAGAAAAAAAAAAUUGGUAAAUAAAUAAAUAAAUAAUGGUAAUGAAAGGAACAAGUGGGAAACUAAAAACAUAAAUUGAAGCUAGCUAGUCUAAACUAUCCUGAAUCUCCGACAGGUUCUCGUAAGAGAGCUUGAUACAUUUCCUUCAACUUAAGUAGUUAAUAAAGAGUGGCUGCUCAGUUUAUAGAGCAGUAGAUAAUAAACUCUUAAUGACUCGUCCGAGAGAAACAGUUUAUUUUGUUUCCCCAGGAUCGGCCUCGGGAAACAUUGAGAUUCGAGGGAAACAAAAUUAACUGUUUCCCGAGGGACGAGUCUUUGAGAGAGAUUUGUUAUACAGCUGGAAUUUUGAAGUAGAAAAUUCAUUAAUUCUCGCAGGAACAGCGGUCGUCGGUCAACAUAGACGGACGUCAUAGAUUUUGCAAUGUUACCCGCUCAGAGAUUUUGGCGGGAAACUGUUUUAGUAUUAGAUUUCAUGUGACCUCGAAGUAACCAAUGAGAGUGCGCGCGGUUGCGAAAACAUUUCCAGCUAUAUAACAAUUAUAUUUUGUGGAUUCAUUUCGUUUGUGGCUUGUUUUCUUGAUUUUUCUGGCAAACGACCAUCUCCCGUUAGCGAAAACGUUCUCCUGAACCAAAGGUGGUCAACAGAGAGUUGACAGUACACUCAUUAUCUUUUUAAACACAGGAUGUUGUUACAUAUCACAUGACGUCAAGCUUACAGAUCCAGGGAUCGUGUAUCGACAACAAUCAUUCACAUUUUUUGCUGGUGGACGAUGGCACUGAAGGCAAAUACGGAGGAGAGAUCGCAUUCCGUGCAAGACUUCAAAACUGCUUAUCAAAUAAAGAGAUUUCCAAAAGUAAUUAUCUAAGAGGUUCAGUUUUUUUUUUCUAAUAGUCUUUAACGUAAUCUAUGUACGAGGUAUUACAGCACCUAAACACCUUUAUAUAAACAAAUUUUUGGUUCGAAAGGGUUCUUCGUUUUGCGAGAGAGGACGCUUGAAUUUCCAGGCUUUUGCGUGACGCAGCAUUUAGCUGACGGCCAGGAAAGCUCUUAUGUGGGUUAAAAACAUUAACGAUUUUGGGAGAUUUUCCUAUCUUAACAUUCCUUGUCUCAGAAUAAGUAUUACUUAAUAUUUAUGAGUUCCUCAAGCGAAGAAUUCAAGCUUUAGUUGGAAAACUCGAAAACAUACAUGAUGUAUGUUUCUGUUAGUUUCCGGCGGCCAUAUAAACAUAACGUUUCCAUACAAAGCUUUAUAAAUUUGGGUAAAACGUUUUUCCGAAUAUCUUGCGUCUAACAUAUUGCACAGACCUGAUUCUUGGCAAAGCCUAUAUUUAUCUUCUUUCAUUUCCCAGAUUCUUGAUUUUCUGUAUUGAAUGGUUUGCAUUUUUAUUUUUCAUGGCUUGAAAGUGCAAACCGAGAAUUUAGAUGAAAAUUCCCAGACAAGCAAGUCAAAUGGUAAGAGGUUCAGUUUUUUCUAAUAGUCUUUAACGUAAUCGAUGUGCAACGUCACCCCAAAACGGUCGUUUGGAUAGGUUUUUUAUAAUACCUUCGGGGUCGUUUUCCUUUUGUUCAAUAUAGCACUCUCUGACAAGCCCAUGAGAGCAAUUGAGAGCUCUCACCACAUUCAUCAAUAUUUGACAUUCAUUUCGGGAUUAUUGUUUUUAACUAUCGUCAGCUCAAUGAAACGAGGCCCAUUCCCUCCUUCAAAAGUCUGUCAAGAGUUCGUGUUUGCUGCAUCGAUCCACGUUACUUGUUGCCAGCUGAGGUGGAUUGCUUCCUGCCAUAUUACCGGGGUUGUGAAUACAUCGUUGUAAACAUCUAAGUUGCUAAAAAGGUGAAUCUGUGUUUGGAAUAGCUCCCCCACUGAUACGCGAAUUUUGCAAAAGGCAGGGGGGAAAGGCCUGAAGUGAACGUCCUUUUUUUUUUAGAAGAAUAACGUCCUUUCUCUUUUUAAAACUAUUUAGAUGAAAAUUCUCGGCAGAACAAGUCAAAUGGUAUUCCUGUGGUACUGGUUGUCCUUGAGGGAGGUCCGAACGCUAUUCGCACAGUGUUAGAGUCAGUUACAAGCAACCCUGCCGUGCCUGUCGUCAUUGCGGAUGGUAGCGGCAGAGCCGCUGAUAUUUUAGCGUAUGCGUACUCGCUGUAUAAAGCAAAUGAAGGGUUCGUAUUCCUUCUUAUAAUGUUUUUUCUUUUUAUGUCCAGAAGGCAUGGCAGUUGCGUUAACCGGUCAUUGUUAAAAUGUACAUUUACUCAAACCAGAUUCAGUGUGUUAUCAAAAUUUUUCUAAAACUUGGAUAUACCUUGAAAUCAUGCCACUAAAGAUUUGGUGGCGAUCAUGUUUUCAGAAUCUUAACACUAUGAGUUUCUUUGAAGGAGGAAUCAUCUAAAAGCUCUUGCUAAAAGGCAAAACACAUUUUAACACUUUACACGGUUUUUGCUAUGUUGACAGGUUUGAUAUGAAGCACUUUCCUGAGGUUGCAGAGCACGAAAUACUUAAACUAAGAAUCGAAAAAGCCUUCCCAAAGAGCUCUGAAAAGGAAUGGUCUGAGUGUUACUCUAAUGUACUUGAAUGCGUGGAGAAAAGUCAGUAUGUAAGUUGAGAAAACGAGUGUGUGCAUCUCAAAUAAAUGUCAUGAUCUGUGCUGGGUAUCUCAUCCCAGAUUCGUCUUACAGUAUGUUGCCCAGUAUCCGGCCACUUCAGUUUAACAUUACAAUUACUUUCCUUUCUUGAUCGCACGAAUUUUGAAAUUUGGCCCAGAGACAAGCUAUUUAGUCAAUCCUUAAUAUGACGAAAGACAGUUUAUUACAGUGUUUAUUUUUUUUCCUUUGUUUCCAUCAAGAAAUUAAUAUUUUUGCAGAGCUCCUAUGUUGCCCAGUAUCCGGCCACAACAAUAACAACGUAAUUACAAUAUAUACAUGUAAUUUCGACAGGCAAGUGACUUAUAAGCUCCUCUUGCACUUGCAAAGUAGUCUAGCAUUCGAUUUGAAAGAUAUAAAUCGAUCUGGGAACCUAGCAUCGUGAAACAAAAUGACUGGGAUGUGUGGGGAAAACUACGCGAGCGGCUGAUCAAGGUUGGAGAUGCGAAGAGAAAAAAUGAAAACAGAAACUAACAAAAAGACAAUUUUUUUUCCUAUAAAAUACUUUGAACUGUUCNAAAUAAAUGUCAUGAUCUGUGCUGGGUAUCUCAUCCCAGAUUCGUCUUACAGUAUGUUGCCCAGUAUCCGGCCACUUCAGUUUAACAUUACAAUUACUUUCCUUUCUUGAUCGCACGAAUUUUGAAAUUUGGCCCAGAGACAAGCUAUUUAGUCAAUCCUUAAUAUGACGAAAGACAGUUUAUUACAGUGUUUAUUUUUUUUCCUUUGUUUCCAUCAAGAAAUUAAUAUUUUUGCAGAGCUCCUAUGUUGCCCAGUAUCCGGCCACAACAAUAACAACGUAAUUACAAUAUAUACAUGUAAUUUCGACAGGCAAGUGACUUAUAAGCUCCUCUUGCACUUGCAAAGUAGUCUAGCAUUCGAUUUGAAAGAUAUAAAUCGAUCUGGGAACCUAGCAUCGUGAAACAAAAUGACUGGGAUGUGUGGGGAAAACUACGCGAGCGGCUGAUCAAGGUUGGAGAUGCGAAGAGAAAAAAUGAAAACAGAAACUAACAAAAAGACAAUUUUUUUUCCUAUAAAAUACUUUGAACUGUUCAUUUGUAGUAAAUAUUUUCGUGCCAUUUCUUCACACUGCGACACGCACUUGUUAACACGGUCUACUUAACCACACCGUCUCCAGCGGAUUGAUGGUGUGGCCACUGCAGGGAACUCUUACAGGAAAUGCCCGUUUUUUCAAUGAAACGCAAGAAAUUUGAAUCAAAACUGUAUACUGGGAGAUAAUUUAAUAAAAGGGGAAGGAAUAAAAAAAUGAUGAAACUCCGAAACCUCUUCAGCUUGGCUUGCUGUCUUAGAUGGCAUAGUUCUUGCCUCCUUGUCUAGGAACUUUUUCCCUGAUUUAAGGAAGGCAUCCGUGGACAAGCCAAAGCCGCGGUUUGCAAGCUCAAUCAGCCAAUCUGCGAACUGGAUUUUUUUUUCAAUUUUUUGUCAAAAAAAAAAAGCUGGAGAAGGGCCUUUCCGACGGUCAAUUAAAGGUCACUCUCCCACUUAGUCUGACCAAGAGCCUAAGAGAUCAGAGCUCUUCGUCUGACCUGCAGUGUUGAUUUCUUCAUGUUCAGUUCCCACACUUGGGCUGCUUUUCUAGCACUAAUUUCUCCUUCUUUCACAUCCCUCAAUCCCUUUGGGGAAUUUUUCAGACCCGUUGCAACCCCUUUCUACCACAGGUAGCCUAAGCUCGAAAUAUGAGCGUCGGCCAGCAUCGGCAUUGUGGCGUAACAUUCAAAAUAUAAAGAUUUGUAUGGGAAAAAAACCUAUCGUUUCUGUAACCUACGAAAAUGAAAGGAUUUCAAUAAAAAAACAGCUUACCUCAACCUUUAUAUAGACAGAAAACCGUUUACAUAAAAACCCAUAAAACGGCCAUAAAUCGGCCCGUGGAUCCCACAGGAGAGACGUUACACACAUUUUAAGUAAGGUAAGCUGUUUUUUAUUGAAAUUCUUUCAUUUUCGUAGGUUACAGAAACGAUAGGUUCUUUUCCCCAUACAAAUCCUUAUAUUUUGAAUGUUACGCAACAAUGCCGAUGCUCAUAUUUCGAGCUUGGGCUACCUGUGAUUCUACCAGUGACAACUGGGGGAUUUUGUAUGAGAAUUCCGGGUAAAAUUUCGGCGCUUCCGGUUAUAGAAAAUGCAGUAACGCGAAACAAUCCGUGCACACGAAAUCAGUUCGCCUCUGAAUGAGUGAAGAAAAUUUCCAAAGGGUUGAGUACCGAGAAUUACAUUAUACAGAUUAUAUUAUAUAUCAUAAGCUUUAAUUAUAGUUAUAGGUAUGAAACCAAGUUUUGUCCGGAUAUUGUACGCAGCUAAUUCACCAACUCUGCACUGCAAAGGAAAUCAAUACUUAGUGAAUGCCUCUCAAUCUGGCCUCCUUUAUUCCAAACAAAUUGAAUUUCAAGAAGAAUUAAUGAAUUUUCUGACAACCUGACUUCUUUAAGUAUCUUUACGUUAAAUACAAAACAGUUUCUUUGGAAAUAUCACAUAUUUCCAACUCUUAUUUGAACAGCAUUAGUUUUACUGCGCAGGAAAAAGUGUCCAUGAAAAGUUUACUCACCUGAACAGAACAGCGCCUUAUGAAACUGUUUCUCAAGCAGUAAACCAACUUGUGUUCAGCUUCCAUUCGAAAUACUUCGUUUACCGAAAACUAAAAAGGGCGCUGCAAAAAUUGAGUCUUUUUUAAGUGGCCGGAUACUGGGCAACAUACUGUAGUCAAGCUUUUUCAGAGAAAUUUUGUCAGUGCCACUUGUUUACUUAGCUGUUCAACGUCCUUCCUACAGAUCACAAUAUUCCAUAUGGACGACGAUGGUAUCGACAUCGACAAGUCGAUUUUAAAAGCUAUUUUGAAAGGUUUGAAAGCACUUUUUAAGCAGUUAUUUACAAUGUAUGGCAGUAUGAGGCAGGCCAUUUCAUUUUCGUUAAAGCAUACGGUAAUAAUAAUGGCAUUAAUUGCUUUCAUGCAGUGUAUUCUUUGUUCCUUUUAAAUGUUAGCAAGACCGAAACGAUAAUCAACUCUGCUGGACCUGGAAAAUAAAUUGAUUAGUCAUUUCAUUAUUGAAAGAAAAAAUAGAUGAGGCUAUUAUUCGUUUGCUUUUGCAGCGCAAAGUGCUUCGCCUUCAUACCAGCUUGAUUUGGCCUUGACGUGGAACCGAGCUGAUAUUGCUAGGAGUGAGAUCUUUACUAAAGACCAAAAGUGGAAGGUAUGGGUGUAAUCGUGCAAGUUUAUGUUGUUGUUGCAUUACAUUUUUGUACUUGACCAGGUGAGGGCCAAGUAAUUACACUUGAUAGGAAACCGAAAAGCACAUUGGGAGGCUUAGACACAAAUGUAAUCUCGGUAUGAAAAUUCUUGUCUUAGCGGAGCUCCACGGAGCUCCACAGCGGAGCCCCAUAGCUAAGGAAAUGUGGUAAUCUACCCAUCCGAGAAAAUUUGGUAAUCACGUGACCAUACACCGAGCGAGCGAGCGACCGACCGACCGACCGACCGUCCAUCCGCACCACACGCAUACCAAUGUAAAAUAACUCAAUCAACAGGUAUGGCAACCCAAAUGCAACUCAAGGUUUUAAUUGGAACGAAAUCACAUGGCCGCCCCGACUUUUAGAAAGAAAAAACAACAACAAAGUCGUCCCCUUUUCGGCGUUAUUUUUUAUGUUUACACUAACGUGGAUAACAGAGAAAGAGCUAGAGCGAGUUAUUGAAAACAAAGGAGACGAAUUUCGUAGAGAGAAAAAUAGUAAAGUCAAAGCAGCAGUGAAAAAAUGAGAAAUGUUAGCUGCCAGCAAGGUGAAAAUGAGCGGCGGUGAAAAAUAGAGGCGAACAUGAACACAGGAAACAAAAUAUUGGGUAAACACAUAAGACAAUUCCUCCAUAAAAAUAUUAUGUAACUAGGAAGUUUGACGUUUUAGUGGUACAAAACAGCGUUGUAGUGGUGCAAAACAACGGCAAGGGAAAGACAAAAAGCGUGCUGCACGUGCAAAUUUGCUUUUCGCUAAUUAGAAGAAAAAGUGUGCUGCACGUGCAAUUUGUUUUUUUGCUAAUUAGAUCUAUUAGUCUUAAAGCCAUUGUCGUCUCCGUUCAUAAGUAUUAUUAGCCAGAGGUUUGCUUUUAGUCCUGGCUAAAUCUAUAUAUUAUUAAAGGUUAUUUUGUAAUUGAAAAGGACCGAAGGAAUUUUAAAAAGCGUUAGACUUGUCUCCUUGAAACUCAAAACACGAAAUGCAAGUUGAUCGUACAGCUAAAAGAGAUUAAUUUUUGCCCAAAAUUUCGGUCAGUCAGAAAUGACUUUUAAUCAGUGCUGCGAAAUGCUGAUGAAGGUUAGUUUUUUUCACGAGUGCAAUCUGAAUAUCGAGAAGUAAGUUAAUCCCUCUUUAGUUGAUCCCCAGGAAGAUGUAGAACAUUUCUCUUGGUGGUGACAGUAACAGGGACAGGGGAUGAAAGAAGACUCACGUCCCAACUGAUAUCACCCACUUAUUACCAAACCAGCCCCUAAAAGGUUGUCCACACCGCCGGGGUCUACGGCCCUUACUGCGGACUUAACAAACAGUAGUGUGGUUUCUUUACGUCCCACAACAACCAGAACAGUAGAGGAGUGGAGAGACCAAGCCUACGAGUUUUCCUCGUUAUCCGAGAAGACUAAAAUGUCUAACCAUCUUUAGUUGCCAAAGGAGAGGGAGUAAUUUUAAAACUCAGAGGUUUGAGCCGCAACCUGCGACGGAGCGGUUCGGCAAGCCGUCCCUUAGCUUAUCCAGUUAAGACAGUUUUAAAGUUAACAGGGCGGCUGGGAAAAAUUUAGCGCCGUAAUAUAUUUCCUCCUAUGUUGAUAGCUCAACCGAAAAAAAGCAUAUAUUUAACAAUUAAUGAAUGAGGCUGAGUAUCUUAUGAAUAAUUAUGGAGAUCGAGGAGGGUGUUAUCCGUCGAGGCCGUAGGCCGAGGCGGAUAACACCCUCCGAGAUUUCCAUAAUUCUUCAUAUGAUACGAAAGCCGAAUUCAAUAAUUGUUUUAUUAUUCAUUCAAAAUAAUUCCUAGUUUAAAAACAUAGCUAAAACAAGCUUGCCUGCAUCAAUGUUAAGUUUAUCUUCAGUAGUUUACGUUUAGGUUUGUCCAGCUCCGCAAAUAUUCUCCAAAUAGCAGAUGUCGCCCUCAGAGUUGUCUUCUUGCUGUUUUUGCUAUGUUUUUAGCCAUUAUUUCGCCUAGUUCCUGCUGUAGUUCUUACUCUUGAAACGAGUGAAGUGUCCGCCAUUUUAGUUAAACGAAAACAACUCAAUCUCGUCCCCAGGUCUUCUCGGUUAACGGUACAUUAACCUGUAGAAGGCUGAAUUUUUGACAUCAUUUCCUCCUUAAACACAAAAUUCUUCCAAAUUUGGUCAUCAGAAACUGGUUAUGGUGAAUUAUGCGUGUGUUUUUAACCAAUCAGAAUUGGGGAAAUAUUUUGAAUGAGUAAUAAACAAAAUUAUUGCGCUCCUUCGAGAGCAAAAUUUCGCAAAUGCGAAAUACUCUCGGUGACGUCUCCAAUAGUGGCGUGUUAUUUAUCUUUAGUUACUAAUUUACAUAUAAUGACACUCGACAGGUUUGUUUUGCCAAAUAUUUGCUCCGAUAGCCGCACAAAUUGUUAAAUGCUAAAGAUCCACCUUCGGACUAAUUCACUAAAAUGGAAGCCCAGUCUUUCAGCGUGUGGAAUACAAAAAUGACGUCCAGUUUUGAUGGAACAUAGUUAAAUCAUAUCGAUCUCUUAGUUAAAUUAAGGUUGCAUUCAGUAGUUUAUCUUGAUCAUUUGUUUUGUGCUGGCUUAUCCAACAGAUGGAGACCUUGGAAGAUAAGAUGAGGGACGCUUUAAUCAACAAUCGUGUGGAGUUUGUAGAUCUUCUUUUAGAAAAAGGUGUCUGUAUGAAGAAGUUCCUGACUACAGAUCGGUUAAAUUACCUUUUCGAGGCAGUGACCGUAAGUACACUUCAUGACGACGUUCAUUAA